UUGACUGAAAGAGCUAAAAGUGAAAGAGAGAUAUAAUAACAAAUUAAAAAUGAAUCAUCAAUCACCAUUUUCAUCUUCAACCUCAAUCCCUUUAUUCUCUGCGUUCUCUUCGUCAUCUUCGACCCAAUACUCACCAACGUCAUUAUCUUCCUCGCAAUUCUCAUUCCCUUCGUUGAACCCUAACUCAUCCUCUUCGUCGUCUUCUUCAACUUUUGCCUUUGCUUUCACUUCCCCCUCCUCGUCUUCUCCCUUCGCAAACCCUAACCCUAGCUUCACUUCCGCUCCUUCCUUAGGCUUUGGGUUGUCCACUUCUUCUUCUCCAUUUUCGGUUUCUGCGACGAGCACGGCCGAUCCGCUUCUGUUUGGGACGAUUUGGGGGUGGGUAUCAUCGUCUCCCUUACCCAAUUCUGAUCUAUUCGGAUCUUCUUUGUUUCCGGAUUCCACUAACCGAACCAUGUUUGGACCUGCUUCUUUUGGUCCUAGGUCUCCGUUCGGAUCAUCUUCUGCCAACUCUGUUUCUACUGGUGCUUCUUUAGGUCCUACGGCUCUGUUCGGAUCAUCUUCUGCCAACUCUGUUUCUACUGGUGCUUCUUUAGGUCCUAGGUCUCUGUUCGGAUCAUCUUCUGCCAUCUCUGUUUCUACUGGUGCUUCUUUAGGUCCUACGGCUCUGUUCGGAUCAUCUUCUGCCAACUCUGUUUCUACUGGUGCUUCUUUAGGUCCUACGACUCUGUUCGGAUCAUCUUCUCCCAACUCUGUUUCUACUGGUGCUUCUUUAGGUCCUAGGUCUCUGUUCGGAUCAUCUUCUGCCAACUCUGUUUCUACUGGUGCUUCUUUAGGUCCUACGACUCUGUUCGGAUCAUCUUCUCCCAACUCUUUUUCUACUGGUGCUUCUUUAGGUCCUACGACUCUGUUCGGAUCAUCUUCUCCCAACUCUGUUUCCACUUGUGCUUCUUUAGGUCCUAGGUCUCUGUUUGGAUCACCUUCUCCCAACUCUGUUUCUACUGGUGCUUCUUUAGGUCCUACGACUCUGUUCGGAUCAUCUUCUCCCAACUCUGUUUCUACAGGUGCUUCUUUAGGUACGGGUUCGAUUACUACGACCCUGUUCGAAUCAUCUUCUCCCAAUUCUGUUUCUACUAGUGGUUUUUCAAGCUUGAUUUGGUCUGGUUCGUCUUCUAGACCUUCUUCAACCUUGUUUGGAUCAGAUUCUUCGUCAUUGUUUUCAACUGUCACGACCAACGCCUGUGUGGCUACAACAACCUCUUCUUCGUGGCCAGCAUAUCCUGCUUUUUGUCCGAGUUAUUCUUCAUCCUCGACUACUACUGCUUCAGCAGCUUCAGCUACUAGCACAGCUACUUCAUCAGCCACUGCUGGUUCUUUUUCGAGUUCUGGUACCAGCAGUUCACCUGAUUCCUCCGGCGUUACUUCAACAUUGCAAUCAGCUGUUUCUCCUCUGUUUGGAACCCCCUCUUCCUUGUCUGGAAGUUGUUCAGGGUGUUCUGCUAUUUCUGUCAGGGCAGGCUUAGUUGAUGAAGAGGAAAAGGUUGUGUGUGAGCAAGUGAAGAACAGAGUAGUAAAGCAGUCAAUAGUUCAAACUGCCAGUCAUGGGGCUGGGGAGGACGAGCUUCAAAUAGUGAGGCAAGAUCAGGAUGAGAAAGGGGAUGUCUGGGAGGGUGUUGAGACUACAAUAGUGUCUACUACCGGGACCAGCUUGGAUGUAGUUGAGGUGGUGACCUUUCCAAUGGUAGUCUCUGCUGAGGCUGUUGUGCCGAUGGUGCCAACAGUAGAGGCUACCAUAGUUACCACAGGAACCCCAGAGGUAGAGUCUGUAGUUCCAGUCAAUGUGGUGGUAACACCACCUGGCAAUAAGGUAGAAGUAGACCAAGAGGAGCCAUGUGAGAAUGCGUCUUCUGAAACUGGUGCUCCGGGGGAUACUCAGGGUUCCAUUGUAUCAGACAUGAAUGAGUAUACUCUCUCUCCCCAUAAUGAUUUUAUCAUCAAGAAAGUUUUUGCAAAGUGUGGUGACAUUACAUUAGGGAGCAUACUGAAGAGUACAGCUGCUAAGUCUGCAUUUUUGGAGUUGGUUGCUGAUGUCGUGGAUCGACUAUGCACCCAUACUCUGGACACACUAGAUUCAAAUGAAUUGCAGCUCAUACAGAAACAGAUAGCUGAUGCAGCUACGGUUGGGUAUAAUGUGGAGUGGUUGCAACAAAGGGUUGACAGAGUUAUUGCAGUUUCAAAACGCAAAGUACGCGAGAUGGAGUUGGAUGAGUUACGGCAACAGAUAGAUGCUGCAAGGAAAUCUCUUAUAGAAAUGGAGUUCCGACAAAUGGUUUUGACAGAGGAGUUACAUGCCAUUGAAAUAGAAGGGAGCAGCUUCAGUGGGUCUAAUCUAGGUGGAGGACUACUAUAAUGGGUGCAUAGGUGAAUGAAGGGAUAUUGUAAAUCAUUUGAUCUUUGUAUUUUUCCCUUUUUUUCUCUCUCCCUUAUAUAUAUAUAUAUCCACCGGUCUGUUUUGUGUCCUGUUCCAUAUAGGAAUGGAAAGAAUGAAAAGACGUACAGAAUUUUUCAUUAAUGAGGCUAAAUUUUGUUCCUCUUCUAAUCUUAAUUUUUGUUUUUAUUGUCUUCUAA